AUGGCUGAUGGAUCUACUAAAGAGGUUUCAAAUCCUGAGAAGACCCACGACUUACGGAAAGACAGAGAGCUCACUGAAUUUGGAUCUGAACAAUAUAUUCAGACUGUUAUAUCAUAUUCAAAGAGGCUAUCACAGUCCCAAGGCGAAAUUGAUAACAUUUGUGAGUUUGUCGCAAAAAAUCCAGUACAUCUUAGAGAUGUGAACAGCAUCAUAAACAAAUUGGAACAACAUAUCAGUGAGUUCGCGAAAUUAUGUUCCAAAUUCUCUACUUACCUGAGUACCCUAAGAACAUCAGACAGUAUUCAAGAGAAUGCUAAGUGGAAAGCAGUUUUGGAUAGUACAAAGACUAAAGUACAUGAUGUUAUCAAGCGUAUUAAGGUUCCAAGAAAGUCUUUUUCUAUGACAAUGUCUGGGCGACUCAGUCAGCACUCCAAAUUAUCAACCUUUCUCUCACAGGAAGGCACAAAACAACUAGGUCAAGCUGUGUUGAAACAUUCAGAACGCCUCUCUACAGCCAAGGCUCGCCUCAAGUUUGCAGCAGAAGAAGCCGCACUUCUCAAACAGGAAGCAGAGCUCAACGCAAACAAGAUGAUUCUUAGCACAAAACGUGAAGUUGAAGAAGCCAAAUGUAAUCUUGAAGCGUUAUACGAUAUGUCAGAUCUGGGAGGAAGCUAUGUUCCACCAUCCGUAGUCGAAGACAAUCCAUUCGAAGCUGAAAUAGGACUUCAGCGCACAGAAGCUUACGUUGACUCGCAACAAGGUGAUACGAGUUCCCCAAGUCAAGACCAUCCUCCUGCCGAGGAUGGAAGUGAAUCUAGAUUACCCCAGAGGCAGUUGGACAUUGAAACAGAACAUUUUAACCCCCAAGUCAACACAGCAGAACCAACAUCAUAUUUUGGUCCCUCUGCGAACAGUGUCCAAGCAAACAUCCCGAAUACUACACAGUUCAAUCAGCAAACACCUCAGAUUGGGCAUACUGACAUGAACACAUGCUCAGAGUUUGCUAAAGUCUUUGCCAAGAAGGACUUAGUUUCAAAGAUACACAUCUUUGACGACAAUCCAGAGAACUUUUCAUCAUGGAAAGCCUCAUUCAAAAAUGCAGUGAAGGAACUAAGUCUCACACCCAUGGAGGAGAUGGACUUGUUAGUGCAGUGGCUUGGAAACACCUCAUCAGCGACCCAGGCAAAGAGCAUCAGAAAUGCUAAUGCAUCAAAUCCAGACCGUGGGUUACAGCGUAUAUGGGAUCGUCUUCAUGACCGCUUUGCCAAUCCAGAGGUUGUUGAGUCCGCCAUCAAGAGAAAACUCGCCAAGUUCCCUAAGCUAGGAAACAAAGACAAUACAAAGUUAUAUGAACUCUUUGACAUUGUGUCAGAAAUUGACUCUUUAAAGGAAAACCCUGUCUACUCAACAUUGCUCGCUUACUUCGAUUCAUCAUCAGGUGUGAAUCCCACUGUGGCCAAGUUACCUCAUUACAUCCAAGAGAAAUGGGUGACGGAAGCAACAAACUACAAGUUGAGAACCGGACAUUCAUAUCCCACAUUUCCUGUGUUCGUGGCAUUCUUGGAAAAGAUCACAAGUAUGAAGAAUGACCCCAGUCUACAGUUUGACACCUUACAUGACGCUAACAGAAGUGAACAGCAGAAAGUGUACCCAGUAAAGCUGCAAGGCCGUAAGAGCAACCCUACUGUGACUGCAUUUAAAACACAAGUACAGAGCUCUGGAACUUUAUUUAAAGACAUUGCUUCUACGUUGGACAGGUGCCCUAUUCAUGAAAACUCUAAACAUACACUAAAUGAGUGUCGUUCAUUCCGCGCCCGACCAUUAGAUGAGCGGAACACAUUCAUAAAGGAAAAGGGCUACUGCUUUCGUUGCUGCGGGCCAAAGAAGCACAUAAGGUCAAAGUGUAAUGAGCCUGUCCUAUGUUCUGUUUGUAAAGGCUCUGAUCACCCAUCAGCCUUGCACAAAGAUCCUGAUAUCACCUCAAUGGCUGUGGAAACCCAUGAGGGGGAGAGGCUACCAGUUGUUAGUUCCAGCUGCACUCAGAUCUGUGGGAAGCCAUUCAAUACCAGCAAGUCAUGUGCAAAGAUCGUGAAAGCCCUUGUGUAUCCAAAGCAGGAACGUGACCUUGCUAGAUAUAUCUACUGCAUCAUUGAUGAUCAAAGCAGCAACACUCUCGCCACCUCCAAGUUCUUUGAUUGUUUCCAUGAAUAUGGUCCAGACCACCUGUACACACUGAAAUCAUGUUCCGGUGAAUCUGUGAACAGUGGACGUAAAGCAUGUGGAUAUGUGAUAGAGUCCUGUGAUCGAUCACAAGUGUUUAGACUACCAGAUAUCAUAGAGUGCAAUGAGAUUCCACAGAAUCGCAGUGAGAUACCAUCUCCAGAAGUUGCAGCUAGCUACCCCCAUCUCAGUGAUAUUACUGACUACAUACCUACCAUUGAUGAUAACAUUUCGAUUGAACUACUCAUUGGUCGUGACCUUAUUGACACUCAUAUAGUACUUGACCAACGUGUUGGCGUUCCUCUAGGCCAGAGACUACCCCUUGGAUGGGUCCUGAUUGGAAAUUCCUGUCUCGGAACAGUUCACGAACAGACAGUUGUCACCGUCAACAAGACUGCCAUACUUGCCAAUGGUAGACCAACCUAUCUAGAGCCCUGUGACAGUUCCUUUUGUGUGAAAGAUGACCCAGUGUUUAAGCAAACAGCAUAUGAUGAAUGUGAAGGGCUGUCAUUAGAAGACCAGGCCUUCUUGGAUAUCAUGGACUCAGGAUUCAUAAUGUCUGAGUGUGGUAAAUGGACAGCGCCUCUACCAUUUCGGACCUGUAGACCCAUUCUACACAACAAUCGAGAAGCUGCAAUGAAACGAGCUAUUUCAUUCAAGAACAGUCUUAUACACAACCCAACCAAGGCAGCACACGUCUGUGAGUUUAUGCAGAAGAUACUUGAUAGACAACAUGCUGAACCUGUUCCCGUAACAACCAAUGGCACAGAGAAAUGGUACAUGCCACUAUUCAGUGUCUAUCAUCCCAAGAAGCCCAACAGCGUAAGGGUAGUCUUCGAUUCUUCUGCCAAGUAUCAUGGGUAUUCCCUCAAUGACGUUCUACUGAAAGGACCUCCUCUCUACAACAGUCUUCUGGGGAUCCUACUCCGAUUUCGGAAGGAAGCAGUUGCUGUUACCGCGGACGUUGAACAAAUGUUCCACAACUUUUUCGUUACCCCAGGACAUAGAAGUUAUCUUAGGUUCCUCUGGCAUGAAGACAACGACAUCUCUAAACCGUUAAUAGAUUAUCAUAUGAACGUUCACGUUUUUGGGAACAGCCCGUCGCCAGCUGUAUCCACCUACGGGCUGCGCAAGGCAGUAGAGAAAGCAGAGACAGAUGUUCAGGACUUCAUUUACAGGAAUUUCUAUGUCGACGAUGGUUUGAUUUCCUGCCGUACAUCUGAAGAAGCCAUUGACCUGCUUGUUCGUACACAACGUGUCCUACAUGACAAUGGGAAACUUAGGUUACACAAGUUUGCAUCCAAUAACAGAGAGGUGUUGGACUCAUUUCCACAGAGUGAGCUGGCUAAGGAUCUCUGUAACCUUGAUCUUUGUAAUGACACAUUACCAAUGCAGAGAAGUUCGGGACUCUCUUGGGACAUUGAAACUGAUCAAUUCACAUUUCGCACAUGUAAAGACAAGAAACCAUUCACCAGACGUGGAAUAUUGUCUGUGAUUAACGGACUUUACGACCCCAUAGGCUUUGCUGUUCCAGUCGUUUUGAAAGGGAAGCUUUUGAUGAAAGAAAUUCUGUCCAGUACAACCUCCUUAGAUUGGGAUGACCCACUUCCUGAAGUGUUUAAAAACCCAUGGGAUGACUGGGUACAAUCCUUAACUCAACUAGAACAAGUGUGCAUUUGUAGACAGUACUCGGAUCACUCAUAUACAGAUUCCAAUGUUCGUCUUGUGCAUGUAUUCUGUGAUGCAUCGAAAGACGCGAUCGGUGCUGUUGCAUAUCUACAGCUCUUUGGACCUGUUGCUUCAGAGCCUACACUCAGUUUUCUGCUUGGAAAGGGAAAACUUGCACCUAAUGGCGGCAACACCAUUCCUCGGAUGGAACUAUGUGCUGCAGUUCUCGGAGUCGAAGUAGCAGACAUAAUCAAGGAACAACUUGGUAUUCCAUCAGAGUGCUUUAGAUACUAUACGGACAGCCAGAUUGUCUUGGGUUAUCUAACAAACACUACUCGCAGAUUCUACGUUUAUGUGUUAAACAGAGUGAAGCGUGUUCAUUCAUCUUCAUCUCCGAGACAAUGGACGCACGUUCCCACAGAGCAGAAUCCAGCUGAUCUGGCUACGAGAUCAGUCUGUGCUACUCAACAUUCAAACAGUAUGUGGUUGAUUGGACCUCCAUGUGAGACCCUGACAAAAACAUUUUCAGAACCACCCUUAUGUUAUCCGUUAGUGGAACCAAACAACGACUGUGAGAUUAGACCUGAAGUCACAUGCAACAAAGUUCAGAUGGAUGAUGUGAAACCUUUUAACCAUAAGAUCGGAUCAGAAAGAUUCUUAAAAUUCUCAACAUGGGAAUCUCUUGUUCGAGGAGUCAAGAUCCUGAAGCAAUUCAUAUAUAAAUCAGUGAAACACAGUGACAUUGACUCUAGUGAAGCAUAUGAACAUGCAGAACUUUAUGUGAUACAGACAUGCCAGGGAGAAGCAUAUGAUGAUGCAAUAAGAUGUAUCAAAGGUGGACGUCCCCUGCCGAACGGACACUCACUUAUGGCCUUAUCGCCAUUUAUUGACCAACAUGGCAUACUCCGCGUGGGAGGUAGACUUGACAAAAACAGACAAGGAGAUGACAAUCUUCACCCUGUGCUCAUGCCCAAGAACCAUUAUGUCACCAGGCUGCUCGUGCGCAAAUUCCACCACCAAGUGCUACAUCAGGGACGACUGUUGACGGAAGGUGCACUUCGUUCUGGAGGAUUCUGGGUAGUAGGUGCCAAAAAUCUCAUAAGAUCAGAGAUCAAAUCCUGUGUCACAUGUCGCAAGUUGAGAGGAAGUUUUGGUUGGCAGAAGAUGGCAGAUCUACCUGAGGACAGGAUACAGCCUGCUCCACCUUUUCCUUAUGUAGGUGUAGACACCUUCGGUCCCUGGACAACCACGCAACGACGGACCAGAGGGGGAACUGUGAAUCAGAAGAGAUGGGCUUUGAUGUUUACAUGCCUCGUUUCACGAGCAGUUCAUUUGGAAGCCAUUGAAGAAUUGUCCACAGCUUCAUUUAUUAAUGCAUUACGCAAGUUCGUGGCCUUAAGAGGCCCUGUUAUACAGUUUCGAUCAGAUCGCGGGACAAACUUCAUUGGGGCAGUGCAUGAACUAAAAAUUCCCUCUGACCUGGUGGAAAACCCAGUAUCAAAAAAGUAUCUCGAGGAGAACAAGAUCAUGUGGGUGUUCAAUCCUCCCCAUGCCUCCCACUUUGGCGGGGCAUGGGAAAGAAUGAUAGGUGCUUCAAGGAAGAUACUGGACAGCUUACUCUUGAACCAUAAGUCAAUAUACAUAGAUGCAUCUUGUCUAUAA